AUGGGUUCCGUGACCAACAACCUCGUGGACUUUGGCGACAACUAUGCGAUCCUCAACCUGGACUGGAUGUCCGUGCUGAUCGAGGCCGUGGAAAACAACCCGGAGGGCCAGGCAAUGAUCGCGAACUGCUCCAGAUGGAACGACGCCGUGCAUCAGAAGUCCCCUCGCCCCCUGACUAUCUUCUCCACUCUCUCCUUCAAUCCAGGCCAGCCGGAGGUCCAGCCCGACUCGCCAUUUGCCAGCUUGCUUCGCCCGUAUGGCGAGUUUGCACAUGGAACGCCUCCGGUGCAGAUUGAUAAACGAUUUCACUUGGAUGAGAAGGACGUGGUGCUGCACAAGACCCGGUGGUCUGCGACGUCUGGAAACGCGCUUGCGCAGAUCCUGAAGGCGCGGGGUAUCAAAACUGUUGUCGUGUCUGGAUUGAGUCUUUCAGGUGUGGUGAUGUCGACUAUCUACCGGUUGUUUGAUCUGGACUAUAAUGUCUAUGUGAUCAGAGACAACGUGGUGGAGCUACCACCCACCCAGAACUCGGAAUUCUCGCACGUCCUUCUCGACAUGCUGCUUCCUAAGAUGGGACUGAAGGUGAUUUCUAUAGAGGACGCAUUGGAGGGACUCAGUCGGUCGGGACCACGCGGAGCAGACAGCCUGACGGAAUACUAUGCUAGGUAG